CAGGGUCCUGGAGCAGGGUGGGUAGCUAGAAUGGCUAGGAAGUGUUUGCAUGGUUUUUCCAUUCCAAGUCACCCAUGACUGGUUUUGUGAUGUCUCACGCAAUCUCUGGGGCAUCAGAGAGCUGGAGGACUUGGGGUGGGGGGAAGGCCCCUUCUGAGCAGGUCCUUGAUAACAUGUGACUGCCCCACCUGGGGGAGUUUUCUGUUUUCCUCCCAGCUGGCCAUCAGCUAAUCUCAUACCUUCUAAGGGUUAGGUAUGGUACAGGUGUUGGUUGCCAGUGACUUUAUUUCUAAAAAGAAGACUCAAGGUUUGCUAAAGAAUUUUUUUGGCUACCUGGGCAAGAGGGUCUUGCUUCUAUGUCAUCUUUUCCAGACUUUAUUUUUCUUCAGACUCUGCCCUGCUCUCCUACCCUGGCUUGGCCAUAGGACACCCAGUUGGCAGCCAGCUGGCCUUGGUGGACAGGACAGUAACACCCCCAGCCCAGUCCCUUUGGCAUUGUGAUUUCCCUGAGGUGGGAUUUACUAAGGGUCAGGAUGGGAGCCUGGUAGAAAGCUCAGCUCAAAUCUGAGCUCCCUGGCUUUGCGCUUGUAGCUCAGCAGCUAGGGUGCCAGCCACAUACUGGCGGGUUCGAAUCCAGCCUGGGCCUGCCAAACGACGACAACUACAACCAAAAAAUAGUCCGGUGUUAUGGUGGGUCCCUGGAGUCCCAGCUUCUUGGGAGGCUGAGGCAAGAGAAUCGCUUAAGCCCAAGAGUUGGAGGUUGCUGUGAGCUGUGAUGCCACUGCACUUUACCGAGGGUGACAUAGUGAGACUGUCUCAAAAAAAAAAAAAAAAGUCUGAGCUCUCCCAUUGGUCUGUAAGUAUGACGUUCCUCAGCCUGUGGGACCUUGGAAUCUCCAUACAGUGCCCUGCCCUCUCCUUGCUAUGGGUUCUGAAGGAGGCACUGGCCUGGUUGUCAAGCCCCAGAAGGCUUCCAAAGGGCCAUGGAAGAGGAAGGUUAUGAGUCGGAUCCCUCAGGCUGCCAUUUGCCUCUGGUCCCAGCACCAUCUAGGCCACCUAGUGGUAUAGGACACAAAUCUAAGAAUGAGGGUGACCCUGUUUGUUUUGUGUUCAGCUCAGAGCCAGCACCCACUGACUGACUAGGUGCUACCGCUCAGCCUUAUUGGCCAAGUGAGAGGGAGAGUCUUGGAGACACAGCUCCUGGGUUUGUCUGGCUAAAUUCUCAUGGGUGAGUUUGUGGGCCUUGGGCACAAGAAAUAUGAAGGCCCAGGAAUCCGGUACUGUUGAGAAGGGGCCAUAGUCCACCCUGGAGGAGCCCUUUCUGUCUUGGAAAGGCCUGAGCAUUCGCGGCGCAAGGGGUGGUAGCCUAGGGCGCCUGGGAUCCGCCCCUUGCUUCCUUCCCCACACAACCUCCGCCCGCCUGCCAGCCCGGGCUCCCGCACAUCUGGCGGACCCACGCACAUCUGGGCAGUCGGCGCUUCAGCAUGAACAGCUCUCAGGCGGGUUCCGCGGCUGGGGCCGCCUGGCUUAGCUCCUGCUGCAACCAGUCGGCGGCGCCGCCGCAGCCCCCUGAGGAGCUGCGCGCGGUGCAGGCGGUGGUGCUGGGCGUGCUGUCGCUGCUGGUGCUCUGCGGAGUCCUGUUUCUGGGCGGCGGCCUCCUCCUCCGCGCCCAGGGCCUGACAGCGCUGCUGGCCCGGGAGCAGCGCGCGUCCCUCGAGGCUGAGCCCGGCGACGACUCCGACUCCUAGGCGCCGGGCUGCGCUCUGGGGUCGUGGUCUCCAGGCGGCCUCGAGUUCCUCAUUGUCCCCCAGAGCGUGCUCACUUACCCUGAUGCGCGCCCCGCACAGCUGGGGCAACUGUCUUUGCAGAGCCACCUGUCCAGCGACUCUAGUUCCCAGCUCUGUAACUCCACAGAAGUGAGGCUGCAGCUACCCCAGAUUUCUGAGCCUUGCAUCGUCU